AUGACCUUCCCCAACGCCAGCGUCAACGCCAGCGGCGAGGGCGUGGUCUUCCAGCCGUUGUCCCUCUUCAGCGUGCUGACGCUGACCCUGCUGGCCAUGCUGGUGGUGGCCACCUUCGUCUGGAACCUGCUGGUGCUGGUGACCAUCCUGCGGGUGCGCACCUUCCACCGCGUGCCCCACAACCUGGUGGCCUCCAUGGCCAUCUCCGACGUGAUGGUGGCGGCCCUGGUGAUGCCGCUCAGCCUGGUCCACGAGCUCAACGGGCGCCUGUGGAAGCUGGGCCGCGUGCUCUGCCAGGUGUGGAUCUCCUUCGACGUGCUCUGCUGCACGGCCAGCAUCUGGAACGUGACGGCCAUCGCGCUGGACCGCUACUGGUCCAUCACCAGGCACCUGGAGUACACGCUGAAGACCCGGAAGAAGAUCUCCAACGUGAUGAUCGCCCUCACCUGGCUGCUGUCGUCCAUCAUCUCCCUUUCGCCGCUCUUCGGCUGGGGCGAGACCUACUCCGAGGGCAUGAAGUGCCAGGUGAGCCAGGAGCCGUCCUACACCGUCUUCUCCACCUUCGGGGCCUUCUACCUGCCCCUCUGCGUGGUGCUCUUCGUCUACUGGAAAAUAUACAAGGCGGCCAAGUUCCGGAUCGGCUCCCGCAAGAGCAACACCAUCACCCCCAUGGCAGAGGUGAAGGAGGACGCCCAGCGGCCUCAGAUGGUCUUCACCGUGCGCCACGCCACCGUCACCUUCCAGACGGACGGCGACACGUGGCGCGAGCAGAAGGAGAAGAAGGCGGCGCUGAUGGUGGGCAUCCUCAUCGGCGUCUUCGUGCUCUGCUGGAUCCCCUUCUUCAUCACCGAGCUCAUCGUCCCGCUCUGCUCCUGCGACAUCCCGCCCAUCUUGAAGAGCAUCUUCCUGUGGCUGGGCUACUCCAACUCCUUCUUCAACCCGCUCAUCUACACCGCCUUCAACAAGAACUACAACAACGCCCUGAGGAACCUCUUCUCCAGGCAGCGCUGAGUCCCAGUAGACCUGCUCGUCGCCGGGGAAAUUUGGAACAUUUUUUUUCUCCAAGAAAGUGGGCGAGUGUUUAAAAGGACGGAACGAAUUGAAGCGGCGAACUAGCCAGGGAGUCGUUAGCGUAUGAGCUAAUGUGUACAGCAGGGGUCACCAAUGAGUCGCCCGCUGACCUGUUCUCAAAAUAGCUCAAAUAGCAGCACUUACCAGUGAGUGAAGUGAAGUGAAUUAUAUUUAUAUAGCGCUUUUUCUCAAGUGACUCAAAGCGCUUUACAUAGUGAAACCCAAUAGCUAAGUUACAUUCAAACCAGUGUGGGUGCCACUGGGAGCAGGUGGGUAAAGUGUCUUGCCCAGUGAGCUGCCUCUAUUUUUUUUUUUUUUUUUUUAUUUACUAGCAAGCUGGUCUCGCUUUGCUUGACAUUUUUAAUUCUAAAAGAGACAGAACUCAAAUAGAAAUUGAAAAUCCAAGAAAAUAUUUUAAAGACUUGGGGUUCACUUGUUCAAAUAAAUUCAUUUAUUUUUUUUACUUUGCUUCUUAUAACUUUCAGAAAGACAAUUUUAGAGAAAAAAUACAACCUUAAAAAUGAUUUUAGGAUUUUUAAACACAUAUACCUUUUUACCUUUUAAAUUCCUUCCUCUUCUUUGCUGACAAUUUUAAUCAAUG